ACCGGCUCAAAACUUUCAUCCAUUUUUCAUGUUUUUUCUUUCGCUGGACUUGCGUAGUCACGAUGAGUUUGAUCGUGUUGUUGUUGCAGCUGAUUGAAUGUUUUUGUCUGUGCAGCGCAUCCCAGACCAAUACCAACUUUGAGGCUUGUGCGAGACUGGUGCAACAAGGCGAAGGAUUCAAAGGACGUGGAGCUAUGGGAAUCAAAGUCUACGGCAUUGCUACUUACAACUGUCAGAGAGUGACCUUGGCUCUCCUAGAGUUCGGGGUUGAAGAUUUUGAGUUGGUGAAAGUAUACUUAAAAGCUGGAGAGCACGACGCUCCAUCAUGGACCUCCAUGACGCCUUUUAAACAAGUUCCAGUGUUCGAGUGUGGUGACUUUCAUCUGUAUGAAUCCCGAGCUAUAGUGCGUUACAUAGCCCGGAAAUACAAAGGCCAGGGACCAAGUCUCUUUGGGAGUACGCUGGAGGAGCAAGCAAUUGUCGAUCAGUGGUCAGAAGCCGAAGCGUAUCAAUUUAGCUUCUCUUUCUUACCUUGGAGCUUGGAGUACUAUGUUGGUCGGAGAGAAGAACGCCCCCUAAACGAAGGAGUCUUGAAACCCUUCUAUGACAAGCUCGCCACGUUUUUCGACAUUUGCGAAUCUCAGUUGUCCAAGACUAAGUACCUAGCUGGCGAUUUUUACAGCGUAGUGGAUUUGAACAUUGCCCCAAGUCUUUUGAGAGUGAUGACACUCAAGCCUGAACUUAUUACUACCCGGAAACAUGUGAAGCGUUGGUACGAUAGCCUUGCCUCACGACCGGCGUUCCGGAAGAUGCUGCAGGCAGACGAGCACUGGGCUUUUGCUCUUAAUCCAUCCCCAGCUGAGAUACUUCAGGCGUUGCCAGCAUAAUUUGUAUGCAACGCACUUCUCUCACUGCUGGACAAAACUUAUUCCUAGAUGCCGUCAGUAUUAAUUUCUGUGGAACUGAACGAACAGCAGAGACCGUUGGUGGAAUUCAGCAUUCUUCGCAAUACGUGUCUCAUUGAUGGAUUGAUGAAUUGUCCUAUAGCUUGCGUACAUUUCAUGAAUAUUCCAGAAAAAAUGUAAUUUUUUCUUCCAACAUCAACAGCCUCGUUGGUGGACGUGGUAGAGCAUUGCGCAAACAAUAUAAUUUGGCUAACAUAUUUUGAAACUU